AUGCACAGCAUCAUCCAACAAACCGCCGCCUCCAAAACCCUCACCUUAACAACCACCCCCCUCCCAACUCCAAACCACGCACAAGAAGAACAUCUAAUCCAAAUAAAAGCCUGCAGUCCCUGCGCCGGGGAACUCCUCUGGCCAAAGAACUUCCCCCCACCAACCGAGCGCACUCUAAUCCCAUGCCCGGACAUGGCGGGAAUCGUCAUCGCAGCACCACAGGAUUCGCCCUUCCAACCCGGCGAUGAAGUAUACUCGCGCACAAACUAUAUCCGACCAGGAAAUGCGCGCGAGUAUUCCAUCGCUGUGACGGAUGAGUUGGCGCACAAGCCGAAGGGUCUAAGUUGGGUCCAGGCUGCUGCGAUUCCUGUCUCUGCGCAGACGGCUUGGCAGGUUCUUUUUGUUCAUGCUCUUGGGACGCAAGGAAAUGAGGGAGUGGAUCUGGAGGUUGCUAAGGAUGCUUGGGCUGGAAAGAGAGUCCUUAUUACUGCUGCCUCGGGUGGUGUGGGGGUUUGGCUUGUGCAGUUGGCGACUUUGCUUGGUGCAGAGGUCGUUGCGACGUGUGGCUCUCGGAAUGUGGAGCUUGUGAAGUCGCUUGGUGCGAAGGAGGUGCUUGAUUAUCGGGUUGUGGAUUUGAAGGAGUGGGCUAUGCAGUCGCCUUCUAAUAAGUCUCUUGGGGAUGCAUGGUGGGCUGUUAAGGAUGGUGGUGUGGUGCUGAGUAUCUAUCAGCCACCUUCGCAGGUCCGUCCGGAUGGCUUUGCGGGUGAAGGUGUGAAGGAUUUGUUCUUUGUCAUGCAGCCUGUGAGGAGACAGUUAGAGGAGAUUUCGAAGUUGGUUGAGAAGGGGUUGUGUCGGGGAUUGGUGGAUAGUGUCUGGCCUCUUGAGCAGUAUGAAGAGGUAUUCCAGAGAUUGGACGGAGGGCAUGCGAAGGGGAAGAUCGUUUUUGAUCUGUCGCUGAAUCACUAG